GGCUCAGUAGUUAAUGAUCUAUGGCUAAUUUUUUAAGUCAUUGUUGCUUGUGAUGCGUUUUGCAGGAUCUGAUGUAGUCUCUUCUCAGCCAGAUGACAAUAGCCAAACACACGCUACAGAUUUUCUAAAGGGAAGUCACCGUGACAAAAACAGCUCAUAUGUCUAUUCUGAUUCGACUUCGCGUGGAGAUCAAGCAAAAACAAGCAAUUGUUGGUCUCAAACUUCUUUUUCGGCUCCUAACCCUCCUGGAAAUUUCAAUGGUGCUGUUACAUUUUGCAGUACAUUGCAGGAGGCUUUCAUAAAUUUAUUGGCCAAUGAUUUGGAUGCAAUCGAACAAGUGAAAGGAAUUUAUGCUGUGACUGCUGAUCAUGGAAACGCAUUGGACAUGGUGAAGAGGGAUAAGUCUGAGAAGCCUGCUUUGGAUAAGGAAGGGAAGCUUCAGAUUCUAACAUCUCACACACUCGAGCCAGUGCCAAUUGCUAUUGGAGGUCCUGGCUUGACUCAAGGAGUGAGAUUCCGUAAAGAUCUGGAAAUACAGGGGCUUGCGAAUGUAGCUGCAACAGUGAUGAACCUCCAUGGAUUUGUGGCUCCCUCUGACUAUGAGCCCACUCUAAUUGAAGUAGUGGAGUAGAAGAAUUGAGAGCCUAAUCAGUUUUGAAUAGAGGGCUCAAACUCUCUAGUUAUCUUUUGUUAUUGCUUUCUAAUAAUAAGAGUUUACACAC